AAUAUGGCACCAUAUAUAUUCAGCCGUGGGCGAAAUCCGCCAGCACAUGCUACUGCCCUGUGGCUUCUGCUCUCCCUUUUGCUUUCGCUGCUUCUGUGCUAACCACCCACCCCUAUCCUAUCACUCUCGGUCCUUUGAGUUCUAUUCUCUUUGCUCGCUCCUUCUUCCCCUGCUUCUUCUCCCCUCCUGCUGGAGGCGGAUUGAAGUCCAGACAUGUUGCUCUCCCGCACAAAACUCCUGCUUGUGCUGUGCACCCUCCUUAUCCUCUCGCAACGAUGGUGGCUACCACUGCUGGGCAUGUUCAUCAACCUCGCCGCCCUCCCAAGUCGCUGGCAUAGUAGCGCUGCUCUCUCUUAUAUUUCCCAGGACCAGGAUAACUUCGACCUGACAUUCGCCGCCUACGACGUGAACCAGUCGUCCGCCGGACCCCAGUAUCAAGAUGUCGUCCCUCCAAUUCUACACCAUAUCAGCCUCGGCCCAAACCCUCCGCGUGAAGAGUGGGUGGCCGCUCGAGCUGAGUGCAUCAAAUAUCACUCCGACUGGGAGGCAAUUAUUUGGAACGACGAGAACUCUAGCAAGUUUGUCGCCGAGGAGUUCCCUCACUUGAAGACCAUGUGGGAUAGCUAUCGUUUUCCUGUCGAAAGGGUCGAUGCGCUGCGAUAUAUGGUGCUUCAAAAGUACGGCGGCGUCGUCCUGGAUUUCGACCUCGCAUGUAAACGGAGCUUAGGACCCCUGAGACGAUUCGACUUCGUCGGUCCCGCUGCCCAUCCAACUGGCUUCUCGAUUGGCUUCAUGAUGGCCAGUCCAGGCAACUCGUUUAUUCGCUCCCUAGUUGAUCACCUUGCUGCAUACGACCGCGCUUGGUUCUUCCUUCCUUAUGUUACAGUCAUGUUCAGCACAGGCUGUCACUACGCAUCAACGAUCUUCACUCUUCAAAACACCCGUGCUCCAUUCCGCAUCCUCGGCGGCACAGCGCAAGCUCCGCGCUUGCAUAUGCUAAACGGCUACGUCGAUACACCACUCUUCCGCCAUCUUGGCUCAUCCUCUUGGCACAGUUCCGACGCCUUUCUGAUCAACUGGCUCGGCCAUCCGCGUAAGGGGCCUAUCAUUGUUCUCAUAGUUGUCAUCUCCUUUGUCGCUGGGUCACUGCUGGCAGUAUGCCUAGCCUGCCGCCACCGAAAGAAUUGCCCUCCCUGCCGAAAAGGGAAACGGAUGAGCGAGCUCGAGGAAGACACCGAACUCAUGAUUAAGGAAGCAUAGACGUGAUUUUUUUUAUUCCAUCGUUCCCGCAUUGGAUCUGCAGCGACUACUAUUUUCUGAUUUUCUGAAUUUGGCAUGCAACGAUUCUAAGGGCUUGUAUAUUUUCCUAAUUUUACCUCCAGCGAUUCAUACUCAGCGGCUCUUUCAACCUGAGAACGGACUGUAUACCCUAUAAUAUUUUCUUUGCUCUGUUCGCUUCUUGUGUGUGUUAUUUUAGCUUUCUCAGUUGAAGCCAUUGCUAUGCCGUGGCGUAUGGGUUACUUGACUCGGGCAAAAGUCAUAUACACACUAGUUUGGGAUAGUUUGCUUGAACAACAAUGAUGAAUAAUUGAACCAAUU